AUGUCGUAUCCGUCGUCUCAACCACCUGACGGUGGCUCUCAAGUCUAUUUGAUCGACGGUGGAAUUCCAUCUGACCUGAGCAACGGGUUUAAUGCGCUUGCUGCCAGCAUUGCGGCGCGGGACGCACAAGAUGCGAUAAACGCGCAACAGAGCCAGCUCUGGAUCCGUAAAGUGAGGACCAAAGGUAUCUCGAUGCCUGUGUACAGCGGCCUACCAAACGAGAGCGUAGAAGAGUUUAUUUUUCGUGCCAAGUUGUUCAUGCAUGGCAAGAAUUUAAAUUACCAUCAGCCUCAAAACCAUCAGCGGGUCGUGGCCAUGAUGGCGUCCAACCUGAAGGGCGCUGCUGCCUCGUGGUACCAUACAGGUAUAUCUGUGGACGGCAAGCAAAUUUACACCUUGGAAGAGCGCGCGACGCCCUCAUAUCCGAGUUUGUAUUACCUGACCAGCUGUUUCGUGUUCGCGCCGCUCUCAAGAAGUGUCACCAGACAGGGUAUAUUGAAGAGUAUGUAUCACGCUUCCGAUAAUUGA